CUCUAAUAAUUUGUGAAUUUAAUGUAAUGGAAAUUUUAAAAAAAAUAUAUAUAUAUAUUAACACAAGUAGUAGCUUGUAGUUGCUAAAAUUUUAAAAAAAUACCCAAAUAGCCUAAUUACAAAACCCAACGCAAAACGAUGCCAUUAGAUUGCACCCUUAUUAUUUUGUUUUUUUUACAAAAAAUUUUUCUUUUUUACAGAAAUUCAUGUACCAGUAUCUACUGUAUUGACAUAAUGAAGAGAAAACGACAAUUGAGUUUAAAAUCAACAAAUGAAUCUCGUGAAGGACAUUCUACCCGAUUCUUCUACGGUAACUCACAGACACAAAAAUCUGACGGAAAUUUGACAUUUUCUCAAUCACCAACAACUUCAAUGACUGAGCAGGCUGAACCUCGAAAAGCAGAGAAGAAAACUUUUCGCCCGAGUGGAAUAUUCAGAUUAAAAUCACCAACUAGAUCUCGCGAAGAAAUGUCUACCAGUUCAAUUGGAAAGACUGAAAAUGUGAAAUCUGGAAUUCCGGAGAAACAAUCUUUUACUUCCAGAGAAAGAUUGAGUUUAAAAUGUUAGUGUUUAACAGAUGUAUUUUAAAAAUAU